CCAUAAGUGUGCUUGCGAACGACCAUCUACUUCAGUAGAAUCUCUUUAUAGAAGUUUGUCUGUGUUAUAUGUCUGUAAAGAGAAAAAGGGUAACUUCACGUGAGAGUCAAGUGUGAAGAAGGCGCAAUUAAGCGUUAAUCGAGAGAUAUGACAAGUGAUUUGUGUUGACGAGCAAUGAACGACGGCAGGUGGGUUUAUCUUUAUCUGGUCGUUUGUCGAGCUACAAUCUGGAGAGUUGAUCUAACGAUCGAAAGCACACACACGCGUCCAAUGUGACAAUGAAAAAGAGGGUUGGCCACAACAAUCAGUAACGAUAAGGCUGGCAGGCGAGUUUACUCUCGUAGCAUUGUUGUUCCUGAGCGCAGCAUCAAUCGAUGGCUGCCAAUGGCGCGAGGCAGUCGAAUUUUGGAGCAACGUCGUUUGCUCGAUGGAAAACUGCAAGACCGUGAAUUUUCACCGAGUGCUCGACAGUGAUCGGCGUUCCGCUUCGGCGUCGCAAUGCUUCGAUGAGCUGGUGCACACUGUCGCGCAGAAGUGCGAGAUGACAAUCGUGCUGAAGACUUAUGUGUCUCGAGACUCGACGGACGCGGAGCUUAUCGCCGAUGAUGACGACACGGUGCGUGGGAGCGUGAAAUGGUCGUCGAUUUGGAGGAUUACCUCUGGCGACGCGGAUAUUUUCGCAACACGGCCGGCAGUUAAAAGAAUUCCGGCACAGAAAGAUCGAGUUUCCCCGCACGAGCAAAACACAUGGAACGUACACGUGGUUUUCGCGAGAGACCUUCCAUCUUUCGAUCGGGUCCUGCGGGACGAGAUGUUUGAGUGGAAUCCACGGGAUCGAUUUAUCGUGUUGAUCGUUUAUCGAAGGAAACAUCAAGGAGGAAGCGAAUCAAGUGUAAACAUCGAGGAUAUCUUGAGAACGCUGUGGUACGAACAUAAGAUGUACAACGUCUUUAUCUCGGACGGGCUUCUCGUAAAUGACACGACCCGAAUCAACCGACUCGUGAACACUUACAAUCCGUUUGCCAAAAUCAACGAAUCUGCAUGGGGUGGAAUCAAUAUUGUGAACGUAAAUACAACGACACGCUCGUCGAAUUUGACAACAUACCGUUGCACUCGAAAUCUCAAUGGAUAUGAAUUAAAAGUGGGCAUAUUUGAGGGGAGCGAAUCAACCGUCGCGAGCACGUUGAACAAUUCGAUUACAUCGACCAGCAUGCGAUACAAUUUUUCCAAUAUUUUCAAAGGCUUUGACGAGACAAUACUGGAUAUAAUUGCUAGACAGAUGAAUUUCACGGUGAAACGGAUACCUCCGACGGAUAAUAAAUCAUUUGGUUAUCAGUUACCCAAUGGAACGUACGUCGGUGCUAUAGGUGACAUAGUGUACGGCAGAACGGACAUCUGUUUCGAGUCUUUCUUCGUGAAGAAAUACAACCCUGGUGUGAACAAUAUGCUGAUGGAAUUUACGACGCAAAUCGAGUUCGACAGAUUAUGCGUGAUCGUGCCCAAGGCGUCCAAGAUACCCAAGUGGCUUCGAAUAUAUUACUUUUUCCCGCUCACGAUUUGGAUCUGCUCAAUGCUGUCUCACGUCUUCACAUAUAUCACGUGGUAUUUGUUGCAAACCUUCAAUCCACAAAGAGUGGGAAGGGUCAAUUUCUUCACGACGGUCUAUCGAUCGUUUUUAUUCACCUGCGGUUGUCCUCAGAAGCUACCAUGCACGAAUGCCGAAAGGAUAUUAUUGUCGGGUAUUUUCCUCGGCAACAUCACCAUAGUAGGAUACUUCAAUAGUAUGCUGUACAAAAGUUUUGCGCACGACAUGUAUUACAACGAUAUUGACAGUCUGGAAGACCUGGACGCCUCUAGAUUGCCGAUACUGUUCACUUCUUACAGCACGAGCGAUAUUUUCGGUCCCAAAAAUGACAUGGAUGCGACGCCGCUCAUACAAAGCCUAAAGGGGAAGCUGCAACACGGUUAUGACGCCUUGAAAAACGCGGCCUAUUAUCGCAAUGUCACAGGAUUAAUCAGGAAACAUCAUUUCGCUAUCAUAGGCGCGGAGUUGGUCGACAUGGACGGCGUGCCGCUGCUUCAUCUCAUUAAGGAAUGUCCAGGUACGUACUAUCUGUCGUAUCUGCUGCCAAGGAAUUCAAUUCUACGCGACAGAGUGAAUGCGCUAAUUGGUCAAUUGAAUCAAGCCGGUUUGCCGACGCUUUGGACCAGCCGCACCAUUCAACGCACCGUCAUGAAAAAGAAGUUGCUGGCCAAGCGAAGCGAGAACGAAGCGGAUCGUUUCGUGGCGUUCAGCUUGUCCGACCUGCAGACGUCAUUUUAUACGCUGCUGGUCGGACUGUCGCUCUCUGCGAUAGUAUUUUUUCACGAAAAAGGCUGGCUGAAGGCACCAUCGUUGCGUAGUGAAAAAUUAAAUUCCAAGUCUAAGCAUUAAUCGUCACUCCGUUUCUUGUUUUUCUUUCCACUUUUCAUGCCCUCCGUUGGAUUUCUUCUUCGGUGUACCGAGCCAUUCGUGCGCAUAAAUUUAGGCGACGCGCUGAUCCGUGGUAGGUCCGGAAUACAAAGGGUUGUAUAUGAAGGUGAAAAAUAUUCCUUUCUAUUUCUCCUACGCUUCCACAUUUUACCGACGCGUUAAACGUUCCAUUUCCCUCCGUUACGGUCAAUACAGUUGAACGAGAUAUAAUGGUAAAUAAACAAUGGCGAGCGAACGAGAGGAAGUGGAGAGAAGGAAAGAGAAAGAAAAUAUUUCGCGCGUGGCGAUCUAAUUUAAAUUAGACAAUAAUUUCACCUGCGGUCACUACACGAGCGAGAGGGACACGCGAUUGCCGACAUUUUUAUACCAAUAAUUAUUGGACGUUUGUGUGCAACAUAAAAAACCUCUUUGCAGAUUGAAUAUAAUCGAUAUGAGCGACAACGAUCGCAAAGGAAGCCCCGCUGAAGGGA